AUGGACGCCGCUGAUGGCAUGGAACAGCUCUUUGCUGCGCAUACGGCCGUGCCUGCGUUAGACGUGUUGCAGCAGCUCCGAAAGGGCGUCAGCCAGCAGCAGGCUCAAGCGCUGCUGAACAUCCACCGGGAAUAUCUUCAGUUGAGCAUGUGUAGUUUUGGUCGGCGGGGUCGACCAUCGUACGCAUUCCGCACGGAAGCCGAGGUGCAGCGUCUAUGCAACAUCGCCAACAUAUCCGUACCCGAGUGCAGGCUUCCGAGCACGAAAGACCGGGGGUCGCAUCUCAAGAAUCAACCAAGCAUCCAUGUGCCUCUGCAGAUGAAGACGCGGCGCGCUUCUGGGCGACGGAUGUCGGUCAGCGUUUACGUGGUAAGGCGAGAACCAAGGGGCGGCAUACUUGUGGUUAUGGCCGUGGUAUAUCGAAUGACCGCUCAUCUGCACCGCGACAUUAGCGGCUGUGCUGUCAUGCCGCUUGAUGCCCAUGCAACGUGUCUGGACUGCAUGCAUCAUGCUCUCAUUGCCAUGGGUGCCACUGAUGUGCCCGCGCCAGACAUUCUGCUGGCGACAGUGGUGGGAGCCAUUACCGAGUCUUGGGACAUGAUGCGCUUCCAAGUGCUACAUGCCCAUGCCAGCAGCCUACCCAGCACCUGCACGGUGGAGCAAUAUGGAGAAGCUCUACAGCAGCACCGCCUGCUGCCAGGCGCCAUCGAGCUGGCGGUUCUCACCCAUGCUCUGAACAUUGCACUUACAGUGUUUGACCCAGAUGGGUUGCAGAUGUGCUAUUGGGGCUCCAGCACAGCGCCAAUGGAGGUGUGCCUCAUCCGGCAGAUGGGCCUCGCUGGCACCCCCGUGUCUUACCACCUGUUGGAUUUGGUACCGGCGAACAGUGGCAAUGAGCGAGCAGAGUUUCUGGUCUUCCAUCCACCAGACUAUACCAAGGCCAUCGUGUCGUUGGACACCAUCGACCACCUGUGGAUAGGCCUAGUGGAUGUUGGACUUGGUUUUUUUCCAGCGGCCUUUGGAUUUGUUGCUGCCAAGCUUCGACAGCAGCAUUGCAUGGAAGCGCUGGUCUUGGAUUGGGCACACGACUCCACGCGCCGGGUCAACAUGCUGCCCCCAGCACUGCAGGAGCUCAACCUGGCUGUUGCCACGGACGGGACCCCACUGGACUAUCGGUUUGGCCUGUCUGCGGAGAUGGCCAUGUUCCCCUAUCUGUUUCCCUUUGGUGCUGGCGCGUUUAUGGGCGACACGACCCUGGUCAAGUACUUAGCAUACCGCGCCAACAGCAGUGGUGGCGGCGGUGGCGGCGCGGGUGCUAUGUUCGUGGCGUCGCCGACACGUGGUGUGCGGCGCGCCGGGGCGGUGCUGCUUCAGCAGCAGCAGCAGCAGCAGCUGGGAGUGUUCGACAGCCUGCAGCCGCCGCAGCAGCAGCAGGUGGCGGCGGCGGCGGCGGAUCCUCCGCUGCAUCCCAGCAUUGGGUAUUUCAAAAUGUCUCCUCCCAACAGCAUGGGCAGCAGCAGCGGCACCAGAGGCCCGGCCUCACACACCAGGAACUCGCAUCAUGGCUCCGCUGGCGGUGCCUUUGGCAGCGUCGCGAUGCUCUUCCCGACGCUGCGUCACGGCGCCAGCGCAGACGACCUGCCCGGCGGGGCGUCAGCGGCGGCGACGGCACCGUCGUCGCCGCCGCCACCAGGGCCGUUGUCGCCGCGAUACCCACCCGCCAGCGGCAGCUCGACGCCGUACGCGGGUGUCACUGGCGGUGGCGGCGGCGGCGGACACCUGCUGGGGCUUGACGUCGCGAGGAUGUCCAUCAGCGUCGGCGCCGCCGCCACCGCCGGCGCUACCGGCGGCGGUGCGGCGCCCUCCCUGGCCCGCGACAGCUUGCAUUCCGCCGUCAUGUCGGAGCCGGAUACGGAGCGAGUUGAAGCCGCCAGCAUCAAGUGCGUGGCGGAGUUCCCCGACUGGCGCAUAGGCUCCCAGGGUGUUUGUGCCGUGCUGGAGAGUGUGCUCCUCGACUACAAGUCCCAGCACCCUAAUGUGAGUGAUGAGGACGCCAUCCAUCACAUUCUCAAGCACAAGCUCCCGGCCACAUUGCCCAACACGCCUGCAUGGCACCGCAGUAACCUUCAAGAUUUGCUGUGCAUGGUGGACCGCCUUGGCAUGCCAUCAUUCUUCCUCACCCUCACAACCGACGAAGUGUCAGCCACACGCUGGCCCGAAGUCGAGUCGCUGGAGCAAAAGAUGCAGGACUUCUGUGCUGGCUUCACAUGGCAAGACGCCCCAGCUGAGAACGCAUUCAUCACCCACAAGCGUGUGCAGUCCUUCAUGACCGACGUGCUGAAGGCGGGCCGCGGGGCAGUCCAGGCUGGCGGGGCCCUUAGCUGCGUCACCAACUGGGUGCGGAUCAACUCUGCGAGUUGGUCCUUCUACAUGCUGAAGUACACUAUGAAGACGGAGCCAGUGGGGAAUGUGGAUCUCACUGCUGUGUCAUGUGUGGCACUGGGCGUGCCAGCGGACAGCAGCACGGGUGCAGCAGGUCGUGACUACUUCGUGCGCCUCAUAUCAGCAUACCUGGCGUCCAUAGUCAUCAGCCCCACGCUGGCAUACCUGACUGCGGCCAACAUCCACACAGUGACAAUGUCAGCCGGUGUGCAGUACAUCGACUCGUCACCACCCACAAGCUGCACACGGCACGUGCUGCAGACUGGCCCCAUUGGCAAGGCGUGUGGCCAUCUGGACCUCAGCAUGCCGCCUGAUGCAGUCGUCACCGCUAUCCUGGCGCAGCAGGCUGGCAUUGUGGUGCUGAGCGACGGUCCAGGCUGUGGCAAAACGUUCGUGACCAAGAAGCUCACACGACUGCUGCAGGCUGCAGGGAAAUCGGUGCACCUGUCCGCCAGCACAGGGGCAGCCGCUGUGCGCUUGAGCCAGUUUGCCACCACCAACCAUACCGCCUUCAACCUGCCUGUCAGCCAGCAGCACCGGCCCACGGCCUGUAUGCGGGAGAUGCGCACCACAGAUGUGCGGGUGCUAGUGCUGCAGGCAGCAGAUGUCCUCAUCCUGGAUGAGUUCUCCAUGAUGACUGCAGAGAACUUGAUGCACAUUCUCAUCACAUUGUGGCAUGCCAGUGAAGAGCCCUCCAUCAAUGCCAUGCUGCGCAAGAAGCUCAUCAUCCUAGUUGGCGAUGAUGCACAGCUGGCGCCUGUCUGCAAGCAUCAGUGCACACACGAGGAUGAACCCCCUGCCACAGCUGCCGAGCUGGAUGCUGUGUUUGGGGUGUGUGCACCGGACAACAUGCACUUCAUCGGGGAGUCACAGGUGGCAGCCACAUGCAAUGCAAACGCGACAGUGCUGUGUACCCAUCAGGAGGACGCGCUGCAGCACAACCUGACCAUUCUGCGGUGCCUGGAAGGCACCGCCCUCGGCAAAGUAUGCCCCUGUCCCCUGUCCCACAAUGUCACUGCCCCAGACGCCAUGCUGGCCCUGGACCAAUGGCUCCAGGAGCCCACGUUUCGGACGCUGCCAUGCAUGGCCAUUGGCGUGCUUGUCUGCUUAACCGACAAUGUCUCCCUGGCCCGUGGAGCCGCCAAUGGCACGACUGGCAAUGUGGCCGAGCUCCUGUUCGAUGCAGAUGGCCAUGUCGAUAAAGUCAAGGUCCAGCUAGCAACCACAGGGAAGACGUUGGGAUGCAGUGUCACCCGCUACAAGAUCCUGAAUGGUGUCUGA